AGUGCACCUGGUUAUAGCCCCGUUAGGUAGGCUGUAGGUGGGAGAGCAGAUGAUUGUGUGUGUUUGUACAGGCCCCUUGCCAACAUCGUCCAGCUGAAUGUUUGGCGAAGUUUUGAGUGUUUGUUGAGGUCCAAGUGUAUGCAGAGCUGUGGUGUUUAUCGCGAACGGUAUCGGCCCCUUGGACAUGUGAGGGCAGUCAUCUCUGGGCGGGGAAGGUUUCAGACAGGCGUGACCGCGCACAGCUAUCUGGGAGUUUUAACACAGACAGACAGACAGUACGUUAACGGAGACACUGAAUGUUGAUGUCCUGUUGAACACACACAGGAAUGAUGGGAUUCACUGACGAAACCCAUCACCCCCAAUCCACAUGGAUUUGUAAGCAGAGUCAUCCAUCCGUUGCUCGUGAAAACCGUAAACCAAGUAAACUGGACAAGGCUGAUAGUAGCUGUGGGCUAAGAGGGGUGGACCUUAUUCCAAGUACAAAAACAGGACAUCAGACCUCUGUGUUUACUUCCAGCUCCUACAGUAUCUGAAUCCAGAGUAUAUUAGAUGGAUCAGAUGCCAGCUCUUCCUCCUAUUCCUCCUCCUCCUCCUCCUCCUCCUCCUCCUCCUCCCCUACUUUCCCCAUUGUCUUCCAUCGAUUCGCCAACAUGUCCCAAACUACGGAAGCUGAACUGGGACCAGAUCCCGAGGGAACGAGUGAUGGGACGCCGGAGUGUGUGGACUGGCUCGGACGAGUUCCGCAUCGACAUGUCCUCCCUGGACGAACUCUUUGGACAGAAGGCGAGCCAUCCAGUGUGGAAGGGCAACAGGAUCCAGAUCGGAAGUCCCCAGGCUCUUACGACCUCCCAGAGCAUACCAGAGCGGGUAUCAAUCCUGGAUGGAAAGCGCAGCUUGAACAUCGGGAUAUUUCUGCGACAUUUCAAAAGCACCAUCCAGGAGAUCAUAGAGGAUGUCAGACAGGGCCGGGGUGACCGCUACGGGAGUGAGAAACUGAAUGAGCUCUGCAAACUGCUGCCGGACACAGAGGAGGAAAAACGGUUCAGGGCAUUUCAAGGACAUCACAGCCAACUGGAGCAGCCAGACUUCUUCUUGCUACUUCUGAUUGGGGUUCCCAGCUUCCGCUUGCGUCUUGAGGCUAUGAUUCUGAAGGAGGACUUUGACCCCGCCAUGAGCUCUGUCUGCAACUCAGCCCAGUGUUUGGUGAAAGCAGCAACAGAGCUGAUGAACUGUGCUGAGUUGCACUCUAUUCUACGACUCGUUCUUAAAGCUGGAAAUUACAUCAAUGCAGGAGGUUACGCUGGCAAUGCUGCUGGGUUCCAUAUCGUCUCACUUCUCAAGUUGGCUGAGACCAAAACCAACAAACCAGGAAUGAACCUGCUGCACUUUGUAGCUAUGGAAGCCACAAAGAAAGAUCCAUGCCUACUGUCAUUUCAACACAAGAUCAGCCAUGUGGAACCAGCUGCAAGACUGUCUCAGGAUGUAGUGACAGAGGACCUCUCCCAGUUGCGGAAGCGGGUUGUUGCUCUUCAAGGUGCCACUCAGAUCGAGGCUGAUCUGCAGCAGCAGAAUAAACUUUUUCUGCAGGGAGCGGAGGAGAAGCUGAAGGAGGCUGAGGAGGAAGUGAAGGCUAUGCUCAGCGCUCGGCAAACCCUGCUGGACUUCUUCUGUGAGGACGAGAUGACCUUUAAACUGGAGGAGGCCUGCAGCAUCUUUCAUUCCUUCCAACUGCGUUUUCAUAGAGCUGUGCAGGAGAAUAAGAUGCGCGAGCAGCUGGAGGAGAGGCGUGUUGAGCGGGAGCGAGCAGAGAUGGCGAGAGCGAAGGUCCAAGCCGGGAAACGGCGCUCCAUCGCCUCCUGCACUGCCCUGGAGGCCGAGUGGGAAGAGGAAGCAAACGAGCUGGCUGCUACCCUGGAGACGACUCUGUUGAAGGACCUGUGCCACCCGUUCCACUACCGCCGCGCGCGGGCAGGCCCCGGCUCUCGGCCAGGUGUUGGCUCCCGGCCAGGAGCCGCCUCCCAGCCACGGCCCGCCUUGCGCAGCCUCGCCGAACAGGACUCAGAGGAGGCAGAGGCGGACCAACAACGGAAGCACAUGGAGCUGACCGCACUACUCCUGUCCGGCACAGAUGACCAGAGAACCACCUCAAGGGAGGCAGAGACCGCGCGAGCCUUAGCCCAAAUCAGACAGCCUUCCUCGGGCGUUCCCCGGCCGAGGCUUCAGGCCAUGGUGCGCUCACGUCCUAAGGUCGGGGAGACCCACACUCUGGUAAGAGGCCUGCACUCCUACAGGAGCAUGACCCUGCCCCCGCCCAGAACAACACCUCUCAGCAGGUGCCCACAGAAGAGGGAGGAGAAGGAGAUGGAGGAGGAGGUGGCGCAGGUGGCACAGGUGGCACAAGUGGCACAACCAGCACAGCCACCUGGGGCUGCAGUCACAGCAGCUGCCAGCAGAGUCCAGAGAGGAAGCCUGCCCAGGAGGUGGGGAAUCACCCAUGCGAAUAAGAAUGCCAGCCAGAUGAGCAAGCAGCCCAGUCACCUGUGUGCUGUCCAGAAGACUGAGCCGGAGGACAGAGGUAGAGGCAAGGCCAACAACCCACUGCGCCGUCUGCUGGAGAAGGCAAAGCCAGACCGAGAGAGGAGCAAGGAGAAAGAGAGGGAGAAGAGCAAAGAGAGAGAGAUCGAGAAGAAAGACAAGCAGGGGGAGAAGAAAGAGAAGGACAAAGACAAGAAGGACAAAGCUAAGUGUACGACAGAAGACAAGACCUUGAGCCCCAGUGACGAUGUGGAAGCAUUGGGAGGCCCCUCCACAGCCAUAUCCAGACUCCCAGCGACGCCGAUGACCUUUACACACGGGAACUGUAUCCCUCGCAUGUUUCAGAGCUCUAUGUUUACCACAGCGCGGGCGCUGCGCUCUGCCGUCAUCACGGCCGCCACCGCAGCCAAGUGGGACAGAAGCCGCAGCUCGACCCCCACCAAGAGCUUAGGAUCCCGCUUACCCACACCUGUGCCUGCCCGGGACAUUUCGCAGACCCGGAAGAUGUGAAACUGAGGGAGUCUGUGCUUCAGCACAUUCUCUUCUCUACUUUCUAAUUGUCACAUGUGCUGUGCUGAGAAUACUUUGUUUACGUAAAGAUCAGGAGCAACAUGUCUUUACACACCCAAAGCUGACCUCAAAUCAUACUGUUGAAGGAGAAAACAUUCACAGAUUUAGAACCCUGUCAGAUUCAAAACAUGCAUAACAGUAAGAACUUCAAGACUUUCUUCAUUUUAUUGGAGGGCUUGGUGAACAACACUACCUCCUCCUGAUUUAAAAUAGUUGACUCUUGGCCUUGUUUUUUGUAUGUGUGUGUAUGGUGGUGUUCACAAAUUUCAAAUCAUUUUAAAAGUUUGAGAUAAAAAUAAAUCUCAGGAACCUAAACAACAAAAGUUAAGAAUUUCAAAUAAAAAUGGUGGAUAUCAUGUUGGAAACUAUCUGGAAUAUGUGUGUGGUGACCAUCUUACUAUAAUCAACAUUGUAAAUGAGAUUGGAAAACAUAUAUUGUCAGCUUAUACUUGAGUGAGAGAGAGCAAUGUGAAGUAGACAACACAAUGGACUUGCUCCAAGUGUUGCUUUUGAAGUGAGAUGUGUUGAGUUGUGUUUUAUGGAGCAGCCACAAAAGAUCAGAAACUAUAACCGUUGUUCAGGAAGCCUCGGGAAGUAGGAGAUGGUGGAAGAGAUUGGGAGGAGAGUUUAACGCCUAUCAAACUGGGUGGAGAACAGGAAAACUGCAGGAAAGGAAUAAAGGGGAUAAAGAAGGUAGCUGAGAAGUUGUUAUUGGAAAUGUUGCUUUGUGGUGUGCAGUAGAAUUUAGCAAAUGAAGAUGGCUGAGGUGAAUGUCUUCAAGAAGUACACAGAAAAGUUAUUUCUACAUUUAUUUUGACAUAUUUGACAAAGAUAUGGUUAUUAAAAAUAAAGAAUGUAA